GGUGAUACCCGGCCUCUCGGUGAACCGUGAUCGCGCGCCGCUGACAGAUCGUCCUCUGCGUCCCUCAGGCGUGCACGCGAGGAUAACGCCGUUCACUCUCUACCAUUCACCAUGAUGUGGUCGACGUUGCUGUCGGGAGUCGUUCUACUGUCGGUGAUAUCAUCCGGUCUUUCUCGAAGCAUCAGUGAUGUCGAAGGCCGAUGGAAGCGUAGCAUCGAUCUGAACGAUAUCUACUACUCGAAAAUGCGUCAGUAUCGAUUACCGCAAGAAGUUUGGCCGAUUAGUUAUCACGUGGACAUCAAAAUACCCUUCAUCGAGAGCAACCAGUUUAAUGGUCGUGUCAAGAUCAAUCUCACCUGGACCGAGACCAGCGACAGGAUAACGCUGAACGUCCAUCCGAAUCUUGAGAUUUCGGUAGUCAACGUCAGACUGAUUAAACUGCCGGACGAUGAAGCGAUGGAAGACAAUUUAAAAUACUUCAAUAUCGCAAGGACCGAACGGGUGACUAGAAAAGCCUGGUACAUCGUUUAUCUGGAACAAAUGCUGAAGAAUGGAAGUGCCUGCGAAAUCGACAUCACGUACUUUGGAAAUCUCACGACUAAUGAGACUACUGGCCUUUACAAAAGCGCGUACAUGGAUUCCAAAGGUCGAAACCACCCCUUCAUCGCCACUCGUUUACAAUUAGACAACGCGCAGAAGAUGUUCCCCUGCAUGGACGAACCACCCUAUAAAACGACUUUCAAGCUCAGUGUAUUUUAUCCUAAAGGUCUAACGGCACUCACGAAUACGCCAGCAAUCUCUCGGCGCGAGUCGUCUGACAAGAUCGAGGAAGAGUUCGCGGAGACACCUCAAAUGUCAACGAAUCAAUUCGCCCUCGUGAUAUCCGAUCUGCAGAACAUCGAGCCCACGAACGAGAUUAAUGAGAUAAACGGAAAGAGGCUGCAGGUGAAAGUUUGGGGCCGCAAAGAAUUCAUGGAGUCGCUGCUUAAUGUCCCCAACAAAGUUGUGAGGAUCGUUAAUUAUUUCCAAGAUUACUUCAACAGCUCCCUCGGUUUACCGAAAUUGGACAUCAUGGCGAUUCCCGUGUACACCACUUCUAAAGCUUCCGACAAUUGGGGCCUCAUGUUCUUCAAGGAAAGUGAACUCAGUAGUUCUCUAUUCUGGACCACUGCGAAUGAAAUUCUCUAUCAGUGGAUCGGCCAGUCCAUUACGCCGUAUCGUCGAAACGAUGCGCCGGUUAACAAAGCUCUUAACUCGUUCUUAGCAUCCAUGGCGACAAUCGAUCUCAAUCCGAACGAGAUGGAAGGAAAAUGGCCAAUGACAAUGUUGUACCCUCUGUACUACGAAUUUGCGCAGACGGCACCUUUCUCAAGAGUGGCAGGCAUCAGACAAGAAGCAACGUGGACUAAAGCUGAAUUGGUUUUCCGAAUGCUUAAUUACUCUCUUGGGCACGACCUGUUCCAGAGAAGCGUGAGGAAUUUCCUCCAUCAGCAAUCGAAAGAAGAUUGCAGAACCUUCUUCGCCAACGAUAUCUUCACUUACCUGGACGCCAUGGCGAACAUGACGAAUAGUCUGCCGCCAGGUCUGACCAUCAACGGCAUCGCCGCCUCGUGGAUCAAUCGGGACAGAGUGCCGUUGGUCACGGUCAUUCGCGAUUACGAAACUGGAAAAAUUAAUCUCACUCAGAAAGUUUAUCUGAGAGACAUACCACCGGAAUCCACGGCGAAAGUGUCGUACCAGUGGGACAUCCCGAUCGUGAUGCAGGCGCAAGAUAAAUUGAACUUCAGCAACACCAAACCGACCGUAUGGCUGAAAAAAGAAAAUGUACCGAAGAAUUUCACUAUCCCGGACAUCACCGACAAAGAAAAUUUCAUCAUUGUGAAUCCCGAAGAAAUUGGGUUGUUCCCGGUGAACUACGACUCGUGCAACUGGAAGAUGCUGUCGCAAUAUCUGCAAGGGCCGGACCGCGAGAAGAUACCUCCGUUAACCAGGGCGAAGCUUCUGCACGACGCAUGGAACUUGGCGUACGCCGGCGAGCUGUGCUUCGGCAUCGCGAUGAACAUGACUCUCUUCCUCAAGGAAGAGAAGAGCCACGUGGUUUGGGAGCCGGUAUUCACGAUGAUUCAUCACGUCGGUCGGCGGAUCGAGGGCUGGGACGUAUAUUUGAAAUUCGAGGCGUACAUUCAAAAGUUAUUGAAGCCUCUCUACUUGGAACUUGGAGAGAAUUCGCAACCAGACGAACCCUCCUGGAAGACUCACAUGCGCGGUCUUAUGCAGAACUUCCUUUGUCGCGCUGGAUACCAGCCUUGCAUUAAGGAAGCCAGGGAUCAAUUCAAGAAAUGGAUGGACGACGAGGAGCCGGACAAAGGAAAUCCGGUCGCCAAUCAAUUUCUUUGCCCCGUGUUCAAAUGGGGCACCGACGAGGAAUGGGAAUUCGGAUUGCAGCGUGUUAUAAACUUCCCGAAGACCAGUCUGGUGAGAAAGCAAAACGAGCGCACCUACCUACUGAAGACCCUCGCCGGGUGUCCGAAGGAUGGGAAAAAGAUCCAAAGACUGUUGCAAGUGGCCGUGCUGAACCGGAAUGAGAAUUUCACGGACGCGGACAUCCACCUGAUCUUCAGCAUGCUGACUGGCAGCGCGACCGGCUACGAGACCCUGUUCUCCUUCUUGUACAGCCACUGGUACACCGUGAAGGAGCAGUUCGAGAACAAGACCUUCCUCUGGGACGGCAUCGUCAAUUUCGCCACGUCGUCAUUCAACACGCCGGACGGCUACGAGAUGGUGAGCAAGCUCUAUACGGAGCACAUUGACGAGUUCGACUCGGCGGACGCCAUCAUCAAGAAGGCGCUCAAGAUCAUCAACGAGGAGACCAAGUGGAACCAGGAGAACGUGCCUGUGAUCAACGACUGGCUCGAGAAGAACCUGUCUAAGGAGGAGCUGAAAGAGAUCUACAAAGUCACGACGCCCGCGUCCGUCCUUAACAUGACCAUCACCGUACCGACAACGGUCAAACCGCUGGACACGGUCCAGGAAGCCCUCGGAUGAAUAAGCGGAAUUCGAGUUCGAAUGCAUUACGGCAUUCCCGAUAAAGAGAGUAUAAUCUAUAUCUUCUCAGUUGCUUCGAGGUAUCCGAUUUCUUUUCUCAAUCACUAAUUCUAGCGGUAUCUUCGCUUGCUUGACAAAUAGAUAGAUAGAGUCGCACAAGAACCUUACAUAUAAUUUUUAUUAAAAUUGAUGUAAUAAAAUUGGUGUAGUCUGCGAAAAAAAGUCGAAUGAUUGGAAGACGUGAUAGCGUGAUUAAAAUGCGACGAACGUAAAAAAAAAAACUUCACUUCCCUCACCUCUCUCUCCUCUUCUAUAGAUACAGUACGUAAUUUAAAAAUGCUAAUUUCGAAAAAGUAAUGUAGUAUAUAUUUGAAUUUUUAUUUUUGUAAAACGAAUAAAAAUCGCUCGUGAUACACUUAUUAUACAGAAUGGAUGAAAUGUUUUUCUGAGAAAAAAAAUAUAUAUAUAUGAAAGCUCGUAAUUAAGAUGUAAUUUAGUUAAGAUUUAAUGUAAAGUUUAUCUCGAUGAAUAAAAUUAAUAUUAAAUAAUA